UAUAUAUAUAAAAACAUAUUUUUGCUAUAUUUUGCUUUUCCUCUUGUUCAUUUUAAAUAUGAUUGUUUGGACAUGUCUAUGGUUAUUUGUACCCCUUGUGAUUUUGCAGGAAUUACAAUUAUUGUAUGACCGUAAAGUGGAUUUGAUUAUUCAAGAUAAUAUAAAAAACUUUGGUCAAAUAUCAGCAUGGAUAUCUACUUUUUCAAUGGAAAAUGGUACAUGGCAAGAUGUAGACUAUACUACCGGAUGUCCUGCGCGUAGAGCCAACUGGCCAGCACAGCAACAUUUUCUUCGUACAUUGACAUUGGCAAGCCAAUAUCGAUCUAAUCAUGAUACGCAACUCUUGCCUAUAAUUUCAAAAGCAAUGGACUAUUGGUUUGGCCACAAUUAUGAACCUGAUACAUGUUUGGAUGAAGGUGGAUUGGCCAACAGUACCUGUCCUUGUGAUACACCAGGUUUUUGGAACACAAACUGGUUUGGUCAGAUGAUUUUAAUGCCUCGUUUUAUUACCAGUACAUGUUUAUUGCUAAAAGCAAACUUGACAACCACUCAAAAGAGUAAUUGUACACUUACAAGCCAACGUGUCUAUGAUCGUAUCGAUAGUUAUGUUAUCGGCAUUGGUCCAAUGACAGGCGCCAAUAUGCUGGAUGCAGCCACUUCUGUACUCAACUUGGGUCUACUUACAGACAAUGAAACUACAGUUCAGAUUGCAUUAGACCAUUAUUAUGGACAAACAACUAUCACAACCAAGACAGGCGAAGAUGGUGUCAAGGCAGACGGAUCUUAUUUACAACAUGCUGCUCAACUUUACAAUGGGAACUAUGGUAAAGAGUUUAUCAAUUCAGUAGUGAUGGUCUAUUAUCAAACAUCCAACACAAGUUUUGGUCCUCCUUUGGCUUCUCAAGAAGCAUUAUUGACUUUAUUGAAUGGAACAGAAUGGAUGAUUGUCUCCAACAGCACGAACUCUAGCUUAUUAUGGGAGUACAGUGCUAUUGGGCGUAUGGUUUCAUUUGCUUCUGUGGAUGGACAAGCCAGCGGUGGUGUUGCACUCAAUUUGACACGCAUACAACAAGCCACGUCGACAUGGACACAUGCCUCGGAUAUCAACCGUAUCCUUAACAGGCUAUGGGCACUCCAGACACAAUCGAGUCCCAGUCAAGGUCAACUUCAAGGCACACGCAUUUUCUAUCACUCUGACUAUGUAGUUCAUCGCAACACACACUACGCCACAACACUCAAGAUGUUCUCUACGCGUACUUCCAAUUCUGAAUGCAACAACGACCAAAAUCCAUUUGGUUUUCAUCUGAGCGAUGGUGUUAUUUAUAUAUAUCGAGCAGGCGAUGAAUACCUUGACUGUUUUGCUGCUUGGGAUUGGAACCUUGUGCCUGGUACGACUGUCGAUUAUGGAGCAACACCUUUAGGAUGUAACUCGACUCAGUUUUAUGGCAACACAAGUUUUGUAGGUGGUCUUUCAACAACGGGUCAUGGCGGUAUGGCAGUGAUGCAGUACAUCAAUCCUAUGACAGGAGCUUUGCGUUGGGAAAAAACGUUUUAUUUCUUUGAUGGGUUUUAUGCCGUUCAGGUUGGAUCCUUACAAUGCACAUCCAAUAAUGCUUCUGUUAUCACCACACUUGAUCAGUCCAAUCUCAAGGGCGAUGUCUAUAUCAAUGGCCAAUUAUUGACGACAGAUACAUUUGUGUCAAAAAAACCAACAUGGGAUGUAUGGCAUAACCGUAUCUUGUAUAGUCUUGUAAAUCAAACAGGCCUAGCCCUUCACGUCAACACAGCCAGCCAUGCAGUCAACAACUGGACAAGUAUUGGUAUCUCAAAAGGAGUGGCAUCACAGCGUAUAUUUACGGCCACCAUAGAACAUGCCCUGCUAAACGAUGCAACCUAUGUUGUUCAGAUAGAUACAGAUGCAAAAGAAUCACAUCAGUUGGAUUCUCUUGUUCAAUUUGUGAAUCAAGACAGUCCUUUAGGACGUGUACGUGGUGCUUAUCAUGUCAGGGAUAAUGCACUGGCUUUGGCUUUUUGGACACCGGGUAGUUUUCAGAGUCCAUGGGAUGCAUGGACCAUUCAAAGCAAUCAGCCUAUUCUUGUUUGGUAUUGUGAGUCACAAUUGACAGUGGCAGAUCCUACGCAGUUAUUGUCGAGUGUCAUGAUUACUCUGAACAAUCUCACGUUUGAUAUUCGGCUGCCUCAAGGUGAAUUCGCAGGAAGUAGUGUAUCCAUGACAGUAUAAUUAAAUCUAUUUUAAUGCAUAAUCGUGACCUUUGUAUUAACACAGACUCAAAAUUGGCUGAGCCAUAAAAAAAAGAUUGUGUGGGUAUUUUUCUCUUGUAUUCUUUUUUUUAUUUUUAUUUUUUAAC